UCGGGGUGAAUGGCAAAUUCAGGCUGCAACACGUGCGCGCUGUAUUAUAUUCUGAAAUUCUGUUUUUAACCAGUAAAGUAUAUUAAGAAGGCAAUUUUUACUGCAUUAUGUCGAUUCGGGAGAAGCUGCUGAUGAAGAAGAUUGUAAAGCGGGAGAAGAAGAAGAAGGAGCUCUCGCAGAAAAAGGGUAAAAACAAGCCACAAGUCCAAGAGCCACAAAAACAAAAUGGGAAUAAGCCCAGUAAGAACCAGCCGAAGCCAAGCAAAAAGCUUGUGGAAAAGGAAGAGGACGAUGAUUUAGAGGAGGAUUUCCAAGAGGCGCCGCUGCCAAAGAAGAAACAACAGAAAAAGCCGCCAAAGAAGCAACAAAUUCAGGUGGCCAACUCGGAUUCAGAUUCUGAUGAAGCUGAGGAGGAAGAAGAAGACGAGGAUGUGGACGACGAAGUAGAAGAUGAGGAGGAUGAGGAUGUAGCGAGCGGCAGUGAAGACGAUGAACAGCAAGAAGAUGAAGAUGAGCCCGUGCCCGCCAAGAAGUCCAAGCUGUUGCCCAACAAAUCCAAGCCACAGAACGGCAAACCAACGAAAGACGAUGAGCCAUUUACUGUGGAAUCCUCUCUAGCUGCCUUGGAUUACCGGGACUCGGAUGAUCGGAGCUUUGCCUCAUUGAAAGGAGCCGUUUCCGAGGCCACAUUGCGAGCCGUCAAAGAAAUGGGCUUCACUGAAAUGACGGAGAUCCAGGCAAAAUCCCUUACACCCCUGCUAAAAGGUCGCGACCUUGUGGGUGCUGCCCAGACGGGUUCCGGCAAAACCUUAGCCUUCCUUAUUCCCGCCGUCGAGCUGAUAAACAAACUGCGUUUUAUGCCACGCAAUGGUACCGGUGUGAUCAUCAUCUCUCCGACGAGAGAGCUGUCCAUGCAGACAUUCGGAGUACUCAAGGAGCUGAUGGCGCACCACCACCACACCUACGGCUUGGUAAUGGGCGGUUCCAAUCGCCAGGUGGAAAGCGAGAAGCUGGGCAAGGGCAUCAACAUUCUGGUGGCCACACCGGGUCGUCUUCUGGAUCAUCUGCAAAACUCUCCCGAUUUUCUGUACAAGAACUUGCAGUGCCUGAUUAUUGAUGAAGUGGAUCGGAUACUGGAGAUUGGUUUCGAGGAGGAAUUGAAGCAGAUUAUCAAUCUUCUGCCAAAACGCCGCCAGACAAUGCUGUUUUCGGCAACGCAAACGGCUCGCAUCGAAGCCCUGUCCAAGUUGGCACUGAAGUCGGAACCCAUCUAUGUGGGCGUGCACGAUAACCAGGACACUGCGACCGUCGAUGGACUCGAACAGGGAUACAUCGUUUGCCCCUCAGAAAAACGGCUGCUUGUCCUCUUCACUUUCCUCAAGAAGAAUCGCAAGAAGAAGGUUAUGGUGUUCUUUUCGUCUUGCAUGUCUGUCAAGUACCACCACGAACUCUUCAACUACAUUGACCUGCCGGUGACCUCCAUCCAUGGCAAGCAGAAGCAGACGAAACGAACGACCACCUUCUUCCAGUUCUGCAACGCCGAGUCGGGAAUUCUGCUGUGCACUGAUGUGGCGGCUCGUGGACUGGACAUUCCGCAGGUGGACUGGAUCGUGCAGUACGAUCCCCCAGAUGAUCCCCGCGAGUAUAUUCACAGGGUGGGCCGAACGGCCAGAGGAUCGGGCACCUCGGGUCACGCUUUGCUUUUAAUGCGACCUGAGGAGCUGGGCUUCCUGCGCUACCUUAAGGCCGCCAAGGUGCCGCUCAACGAGUUCGAGUUCUCCUGGCAAAAGAUUGCCGAUAUUCAACUGCAGUUGGAGAAGCUGAUCGCCAAGAACUACUUCCUCAACCAGUCGGCCAAGGAGGCGUUCAAGUCAUACGUGCGUGCCUACGAUUCGCACCAGCUGAAGCAGAUCUUCAACGUGAACACCUUGGACCUGCAGGCGGUUGCGAAGAGCUUUGGAUUCCUAGUGCCGCCCGUGGUCGACCUGAAAGUGGGCGCGGCUAAGCGAGAGCGACCCGAGAAGCGGGUGGGCGGUGGCGGAUUCGGAUUCUACAAGCAGAUGAACGAGGGAUCGGCCUCCAAGCAGCGACACUUCAAGCAGGUCAACCGAGACCAGGCCAAGAAGUUUAUGCGUUAGUUGUAGAUCUAGGCAGAGAUACCAUUGCGAUUGUAAAUCUGCUUCUUUAUUUCAGUGUGUAUACAUAUAGGCAAAAGAUAUAAAAGUAAAUGUUUCCAUUUCACGAA